AUGCGGGUGUUACCAGAGAGUGGUGCCCGACAAAAUUACAAUUUGGGGGAUGUAAUUCCGCUCCGGAGAAAUGGCCUGCACAUACCGAGCCGCGGGGAUGGUGCCGGUGGUGGUGGUGGUGGCGCGAUGGCUGGUUUGAACAUAGGGGAAACGAGCAGUUGGAGGAGUCGCUGGGAAGCCAUAGGUGGGAGUUGGAUAUGGACGAUAUGUUUGAAGUCAGACUUAUUCCAGUUUGUUAGACAAACGAUUGAUAUCGCAAACUCUGUGAAGCCAUCACUGUGGGACAUCAAAGUUGCUUCUUUGACUCCGUGCAAAGCGUUUAGCCGACGGUCGGCCAGGAGAGUUUCACUUUCACGAACACCGCGAGAGUCGUGA